GCUUGGUGCUCGCCGACGAACAGUGUCGUGGCCGUCGAGACCAAGAUGCGCAUCGUCACUCCUCUGCCGCUCGCGUUGAGUUUGGUUGUCGCCAAGUGCGUCGGUAUACAAAGAACAAGACAACGCGUGUUUCUCACGUGAGCAACGGCUCAAAAUAGCAAGAUUUGGAGAUUCGCCGCAGUCGCAUCAUCCUCGUCAUGAGCUCGCCAGAGCUCAGCCCUGCAUCGCCGCUGCUGCGACCCAUGACGCCCCCGCGCCGACCUAGCACGCCGACGCGGACGCCGCCACGCAACCCGAGCACGCCGCCGCGGACGCCGAUGCGCCGCCCGAGCGAGCCGCCGACGCCUGUCCUCCGUGCGCUCGGGUCGUUGGACGACGAACCGCCGCUCGCUGAAAACUACCACGAGUGCCCCGUGUGCCAACGCCACUUCUCACUCGUGCGCUUCAAGCACCGCUGCAAGGCGUGCAAUCGCAAGGUGUGCAACGACUGCUCCAAGAGCCGCUUGCGCCUCAGCGACAUGGGCCUCGUGCACCGCGAUAAGAAGGGCAACAUCAAGCACGACCGCGGUCGCCGUGGCGCACGCGUGUGCGAUCCGUGCGCGCGCAGCUACUUUGCGACCAAAAUGGAGGCCGCGCCAGCCGCCGCCGCAAGCGCCAACGACGACGACGCGCUCGUACUCUCGCCCUCGAUCGCGCCUCUUCUCUCUGCGCCGCGCUCGCGCCCAAAGCGAUCUUCGGUGCCGCUGCGUCUUCUGCGCACGCGGCACUAUACAGUCUUUGGCUUCUUCUGUCUUGUGCUGCUGCUGCGCGUGGCCGUGCCCGGCCACAGUCUGCAUGCGACGGACAAGUACCCGCUGCUGCUGUUUGGCACGGACAUUGCGCGCCAAGUGCUGCACCGCCUCGUGCGCCUCGACGUCUUUGUCGCUGCGCUUGUGGGUCUUGUCCUUCUGGACGAAGUCGAGCGGCUGCGCGCGCCGCCACGCCAUCGCAACCCAUCGCCCAUGCGCUCGUCCAUCGCGCCGCCGAGCGUGCACGGACUCGAACCAGUCGUCGUCGUCGCUCCGGUCAUUGCGGUUCAUGAGCCCAACUCGGAAGACGAACUCGACUCGUUCCGCCUCGAAGCGCUCGUCGAGAGCCUCCUCGAGUGUACCUCGAGCGACACGGGUGUCAACAUGGCUGCGUACCUUGACGUGUGCGCCGAGACGGCCAAGAUGCUCGUGCUCUUUGGGAAGGCGACGGCCUUUGCCGCAAGCACGGUCGCCGGCUACAUGAUUGCGAUCGACGCGAGCUUGUGCACGAACGCUACGCUCAUCGGUGAUGACGACGGCGGGUCACCGUGGCGUAGCCGCAAGCCGCCGCUUCGCCGUGUCAUCGGCAAUGAAGUCGUCGCCGGACUCGCGACUGUCGGCGGCAAGAAGACCCCGUCCGUAAGCCGUGGCGUCUUGCGGCUCUUGUGGUUCCUGGACUUUGUCGAGGCGACACUCCGCCUCUGCUUUGUCGAAGGCGACGUCGACGACCUCGGCCCGAGCAUGUCCAAAGCGUACGAGACGACGCUUGGCUCGCGUCAUCCGUGGCUCAUUCGCAAGGGCGUCAUGUCGGCGCUUGGGUCGGUGCCGAAGCGGUCGUCAAUUCUCACCGGCAUGGCCAACGGCAAGCCCGAAGCCGACGAGCUUUCGCGGCUCCAGAAGGCCCAAGAGCUCAUGAAGCGCGUGAUUGAUGACGUCCGAGGCGUCCUCGCCGACCACGAGCUCUUGGAUUUGAAGUAGCCAAUUAUAGAGAGUAGAGACGGAGGAUGGAGUGACGAUGCCUCGUCGAUCGAAGACGACGCUGGAUGACAAGACAUAUUAGACGUAAUAUCUGCAUUUUCAUGUACUCGGCAUGCACCAGAACAAGGAGCAUAAUGCGUUAAUGAGGCUUCAACAUGCAUGCAAGUA